ACCCGACGGCACCGGGGACGCACACACGACCCGCCAGCGUCCGGACACUAGUCGCCAGGCCACGAUCUGUCAGCCGCCUCCCGUUCGCAUCCCGCACGCGUCACCGUGUUCGAUACAGUGGCGUAGCGCAGAAUUACUAGUGCGUCAAGUCCGCAUCGCCCGAGUAUAUAUCGUGGCAGUCCGCGAAAUCGGCGAAUAACCGGCGCCGGGUCGAAAAGAACCGAUAUCCGCGCGAAAACUGCCCGCGGCGGAACACUGCGACGAUGCCGGUAAGUCGUGCACAUUACACGUUCGGAAAAAUUGCGAAAACCGAUAGACAGUCUCGGUAGAGAUUCUCCUGUACGAUAAAAAAAAAAAUCGAAAAUUCAUAUUUUUUUUUUUUUUUACGCGUUUUAGAAUUAGGAAAUUCAAAGCACCGCUGUCAAAACUGUCGACUAUCUUAGUCAUUAUUCAUAUAUAUAUAUGUUGUUUUUCUUCAGUUUGAAAUUUGAAAGUUUUAUAGCUUUGCCUCUGAUACCUAAGCACGGGCAAUCUGAUGUUUUCAAUAACGCUUGAAAUGCAAUAUACAAGUUUCCAUAGUGUGUGUCAUGCGAUUUUCGACUUUGGUGAAACGUGGUUCAGUAUCAAAACUCAUAUGAUCCAAUUAUAGAAUUUGAUACGUAGUUUUGAAACGAAUUACCAGUCACUAAUUUUCGGUUAAAUUUAGAUUUGUCCUUGUAAGUUUCGAAACUGAGUAUAGAAUCGGAUUCGUUUUCGAAACUCUUAUAAAACAUCGUCGCCAUAUAGUUCGUUUCUCCGUUUUUGUGGACACGAGUUUUAGUACUAUUCUAAUCGAUUAAAAACGAAAUAGCCAAAAGAACCGGGGCAAUUUUUUUUGCAAUGAACAAACAGUGUAGUUUAACUCUAUGUACGAGUAUAUGCAAUUAAUUAUUAUUAUCCGUAUACAUUGUGUAGUUAUCGCUUCUAGAUUAUCUAAGAAACAAAACGUUAUUCCGAUAGUCGCGCAACCAAAGUAUUACGGGGAUAAUUUGCGUGCUACUGAUAAGACGCGAUUGUCGAUUCGAGUAUUAUUUUAACCAAAAAUGUUUAAAGUCAACUUUACCUUAGCGUGACAUACAAAAACGAAGAUAUGGGAUGCUACAUUAUUGAACAGUUUUGUGGCAUAACUGUAACGCACACAUUUUCCAAUCUUUUAUAUAUUUCACUAAUAGAAAUAUCUAAAGCAGAUUUAAGCAAACUAUGUUUUUAUCAAAUAAUCGUUAAACUAUCGAUUUUUGAUAAAUAUAUUAAAAAAAAAAAAAAAAAUUAAAACAAGACAGACACGGAGAUCGGAUUUAAAUUCGUCCAAUUUAACUGCGUUUGAAAACACGGGACACCAAGUUGAAAAACAGGACGUAUAGUCACCUUGUUUUAUGGCAUAUUAUUAUUUUGGGGAAGGUCUGAUGGACGUUUUAACACACUUUUCGAACGUAUAUAGACAGGUAUGAGUAUUUUUUGGGGGGUUAACCGAUAUAAUAUUUAUAGGUGACGGUACUCAUUUGUUUUUAGUUAGUACCUGUUGUAUUUAUGAAGACAGUCACAACUGCUCGUUUUCAACAUCUCCAAGAAGUGAUAAUUAUUUCUCCGACUCUUCCAAAGACUUCAUCGGUUUUAUUCUGUCUGGUUUAUUUUAAGCAUCCGUCUAUAAGAUCGAUCGUUUUUCUAACGCUUGAGUUUUAGGUUUUCCUGUAUUCCCAUUUGUCCUGUUCCGUGACACAAUAAUGGAUUUUUAAUAAAUUUUAAGAGUAUAAAAUACGAAAACAAUAACGGGAAUAUAAAAAAUGAAAAUUAUGAUUUAAUAUACGGAUUCACUUCUGAAGCAUGUGACGAGCAUUUAUCUUUAUCCGCAAUUGAUGGAAAUCAGCAUAUGUGUAUAACACGUGAUGAGUCCAUAUCCACAGAGACAAUGACCUGACAAGCUAUCCCGCGCGUAUCCCGAGUAUUUAGUCUUACUAUCCAUUUUUAGUCGUAGAACUAUAAUUUUCCUAUCAUAAAUGAUUUGUUCGAUAUUAUAUAAUGUUCUCACAAAACCGAAAAAAGACAAAUGUUCUUCGCACUAUUAAUAUGUUACUGUUAUAUGGGUGGGGAGUUAAGAAGAUUUCAAGCAGGGUAUAUAGAAUAAUUAUUAUAUUAUCAUUGUUAAUAGUAUUGCAACGUUAACUACAUGUUGCAAUCAUUCUUAACGGAAAGAGAUUCUGAGUGAGGUUCAGAUGUGUAGAUAAACUUAAAUUGAAAAUUGACUUAAUUUGUAAACAUACAAAAUAAAUUCGAAUUGUCAUCUGUGUUUUAUUAACUCAAAUUUUCGAGCCUUUUUAUGAAAUAAAAAACGCGUUUAAUCCACGUAAAUUAAAAAAUAGAACCUCCGGCGCUUAUAAACAAAAUAAUAAAUUACUAUAUUAUACGCUCAACUAAUUUUUUUUUUUUUUUUCUAUCACGAAACAUAAAUUAUACUGAACUAUGUGUCAAAUAUAUUACUGCGUAAAAAAAAAUCCGAAUUAUAGUUACGCACCGGAAAGAAUCAUACUAUUCUGAAGUAUCGCAGUGGUAGAUGAGAAAUUCUAAAUUUUUACACGGUAAACAGGAAAUAAUAUACCGGUUAUUUUUUUUUCGUGGUAAAAUAAAAGUUAUAAAUAUUAUUAAGAACAAACACAGAACUGAUUGAUGUUAAUGUUACCCGAAACCGCGAUGAAGUCACAUUUAAAAAUAAAACCUACGUUUUAAUCGUUCUACAUUAUGAAUAUAAACGAUUGGCGAAAUGCAGAAAUUCCGCGGCGCCAUCAAAAGAUUUUACGGAAAUAUAAACAACUUUAUCGCUGGCGUUCAUUUCGGGGAAGAGGGUGGGGAGAAUUAUAUAUAUUCAGAUUUUGCUGCGUUUUUUUUUUUUUUUAUUAUACAUAAGCAACGAAUUUGUAUUGCCAUUAUACAUUUAUAAACAUAAUAUUUAUUUAGUUGUAAUAUUUCAUAUCUGGUUUGAUAAAAAUAUGCUCUAUGAAUUUCUGAACAAAUAUUGGUGUUAAUUUAAUCCGAUAAAUUUCGGUAUAAAAACAUAUUUUGUAAAUAUUUAGAGAAUUUCCGAUGCGGUUUAUGUUUUAUUUUGUAUAUCUGUUAAAAACAUGUCAACCAGAAAUCGUGCAACAUGUCAACACGUGCAAUCGUGUCAACAUCAGUCGCAAUUUCUGAUAGAAAAUGUUGUCUCGCAGUUGGUAUAUCGGCAAGGUUAUUAUUAUUAUUUAUUUUUUUUACAUUUCUUGUAGUUUUCCGAAUAAUGAGAAAACAAUCGUUGGAAAACGGGAAUAUUUACACAACUAAAUAACAUUUCUGUUAUUUUAAACUUUACUUUUUUGUUGUCUUGUUUACAUAUUUUAGUAUUUUUUAAUGCAAUAAAAUCGGUUCCCUACUUAUUUUAUUUACAUUUUAAAGUUUGUUUGUGUGUUUGUUCUUUAUAAUACGGUCUACAGUUUUAGUCCGAUUCUGAUGAAAUUUCGUACACUCAUGUGCACUUUCAGUAUAUUUGUGAGAAGCCUGAGGAAACUGCAAUUUCUCCACGAUAUUUUAGAGAUUGAGUGGUUUUAAAUGAAAGUAUGACGGGUUGUGGGGAGGGAGGCUUGAAAUAGUGUAUUUAUGGUGAAAAAUCUGUAAACAUUUUUCCACUCAAAAAAAAAUCUCCGGACACGCGCUUGUCGUAAAGUAUUAAAUUAGUUCAUACAUAAUUUUUAGCUUCAAAAUUUUGAUUUUUUUUUUUUUAUUAUUAUUUGUAUUUUGCCUUGGUGUCACGGAUGCCCGCAUUUGAUUAAUUUAUUACUGGCGGCGUCGGGCGGGAAACCACGCGGUGCACAGAUUUUCGGCGGGUCAAGAGGCGACGCAUACAAUAAUACGUCCGUAAUUUUGUCGUCGAUGUUCGAUGAUCGUGGAGUGAAAAACUACAUAUACAUAUAUCAUUUUUUACGUGAUAGUAAAUAAUAAUAUUUUUGAAAGAAAAAAAGAAAUAGGAAUAUAUUAUUUGGUCCGACAGCAUCUUCUUCCGUGCCAAUUUUCCGCGUAUUUACAAAGAAAUGUGUCAAGAUGAUUUGUCGCACGACCGAUUAUAUAAAUAAUAUAUACGCUCGUUGAAAACACUCGCACACACAAUCCCCAUUCACGAGUGCUCGGCACAAGAAUCUUCCAUUCAUCGUUCAGAAAACGCGGUGAAAAUCGGUAACUAACAAGUGACAGAAUCCGAAUGCGAUUUAUCUCGAUUUAUAACGUACUGAAUGUGCAGAGCCAUGAGCCCGGAAAAACGACGAUGAAUGUACGACACGAUUACAGACUUUCGACUUCCGUCGUACCUUAAACCCGAAUCGCACGGAAAGUAACCGCGCAUAAGGUAUACCAGUAACCGUGGUUGGUCGAGAAUAUUAAUGAGGUGGUACGCCAGUAAUGCCGUGAGUCCGUGUCACGUCAAAUUUUAUUCAACACGAUUCAGCGGUUUUAGACGGUAACUAUAACCGCGAUAAGUGUGAUUGGCAUCGCGAUCUAUUAUAUCGAAAAAUCAAAUUAUGACCAUUAUUUUAACCGGGAGAGAGAAAAUACGAGUAGAAACUAGUGAAAAAAGCUCAACUCUAGACAUUUCCCCGGAAGAAUUUGCAAUGACUAACCAGAAUAUAACAAAAGAUACAUGACACUGCACACUGCAUAGCUAGGAUACUGUUUUAAGAACUCCGAAAAGUCUGGAACCGACGAUGUUCGUGUAUUAACAUACUCCAACGACCAUCACUCAUGUAAAAUAAAAAAAAAAUAAGUUGACCUGACGGGUAUGUCACUAUUGUAGGUGGGGAAGUAUGGGAUACAAUAGUAAUUAGUAAAUAGUAAUUUAAUUUAUAUAUUUGUGUGCAACGAAAAAUGUUUGCAUAAAAAGAUUCUGACCGAAGUUCAGUAAACAUCAUGUUUUGAAAUGUCGCAAUUUUUACUUAAAUCGCCUAUAAAAAAAUUACUUCAUUACACUGAACUUUUUCUUUUUUGGCCUCUAUAAGUAAAACUUAAGAUGAACCUUGUGUUAAAUUGUCGAACAUUUUUAUACUGAGUAAAAAUACUGUUUUUUAAAACACGUGAAACCGGAUAAAAUCUAAACAAAAUGCUGACUUUUUGCACCUCAAAAAUCACCAGAAUGUUUUUAAAAUUUAACACGUCAGAAAAAUAUCAGGUAAUUGCAAUUAUUGCAGUUCCAGAAUAAGUAGAUGAAUUGACCACUGAGUGUGUUUACCUUGACUAGACAUUAUAAAAGACUAAAGAUAACAAUAAAACUCAAAUAUUAUAUUAUUUUAAGAGGUUGAACGUGAUGGUCUUUUAAUACCGUUUUCAAUUAUUCAAAGCAUAAAAUCGUACGAUUCUAAUUUUUACAAAUUCUAACUGAAAUUUCCCUAUUCAAUCCUAUGUUUGAAUGGGUUUGUUCGGAACCUAACGCUAUUUAUGAUAACGUUAUUCUUAUCUCUACGAAUAUAACGUAUUAGAAACUUAAAUUUACGUUUACUAUAAUAUCGUAUAUACGUGGAAAUGGGUAUAGGAGUUUAAGUUAGUUGUAUAAAAAUAGAAUAUUUUAUAACCAUUGGUUUUAUAUACCGAAAAAAAAAAGGAGGUCAAUGUUUUAGAUUAUUACACUCGUGAUUUUUUUUAAAUAAUUUUAUUACACAAAACAUUGAGCAGCCGCCAAAAAAGUGAUUGUCUGUUUUUGUUAUGGAGCUGCGACGUUGUUGUAGUAUUUUGCAACAGCCCGUAUAUCAUACAUACGUAUACAUAUUGGCAAAGUCUAAAAAUAACUGCGAAAACGCAUUAAGGCAAAAAUAUCGCGUUUUUUUUCUUUAAAUCUAAUCGAUACAUUAGAUCUAUAAAGACAGCAAAAAAUGAUGCUAUGUCCGUUUAACGAAUCUGGGGCACCAAGUUACAUACUGGUGGAAAGCCCAUGAUUUCAAUUGGCAUAUAGUAUUAUUCUUGUAGGGUGAAAUAGUUCACGUUAUAGUCUAAUGCGAUUAUUCCUGUAGGAGGAGAUCAGUACGGUCCCACGGUACUUCUACCUGUCGUAAGCAAGUCUAUGUGUGGGUUGCAUCAGGUUUACAGCUAGUGUAAAAUUACGUCAAAGAUAAUGAGGAUUUCUAAACGAGGCUUUGGCAGAUGUGCGCGACGAUAACAGGUGAGAGAACGUACCGGGGUGCAUGAUGUUUGCUGGUGUCAAAAGGAAGUUUAGAACGAAAGUGAGCGACAAUAAAAUAUUUGGAUGAAGCAGAGGCGGAGUGGCAUGCCGGGCAACCGGGUAAAUGACGUUUGUAAUAUUUUAUAUUUCUAAAAGGCUUUAUUCGUCAAUCGUUGAUCUAAUCGAUGUAUGAAGUGUAUCAAUUUGAAUUGUUAUUUGAAUAAUUUUAUUAUUUAUAAUUGAAUUUCGUAUUUGAAUAAUUAAUAUUUUUUAAAUUAAUUGAUCUGAUUAACGAGUUUACUUGUCUAUACGUAAUUCGGGACUGUUAAACGUCGAAGUCGUUCAUUAACGCCUGUGCCAUCGUUAGUUUUUAUUUUUUCAAUAAUAAAUAAAUUAUCAUAAUACCAACACUUGUCAUUAAUAAGUCGUUGUCACUUGACUUUUACUUCAAUUUUAAAUUUUGGAAAAUAUUGAAUACAUAAUGUUUACUGCACGUAGCAUAAACAAGCGAAGGGUUCCAAUCUAAUGUCGAAUACGGGAUGAGUUUUAACAGUAUAUUAAUGCUCUUAAAUCUGAUUAUAGCUAAUACUGAAUGUGGUGGCAUUGGCGUUCUGUUGACGCAACUAUUAAACAAAUCGAUAUUCGAAUCGCGUUGAAACACAAAAUUCUGACCAUCGUGAAAAUAAAAAUGUUCCCUGCCUAAUGUAUCCGUGGUUCACUAUACCUAUACCUAUGUCGGAUGUCCUAUACUUAAAAUAAAUAAGUGAAAAAUGUAGCUCACUAAUCAAAUGUCUGCAGGUCAAAAACAAGGAACAAGAGCAAGAGGUGUUGGAGUGGAUCGGUCAGGUGUUAGGCGAGACUAUGCCAGCCGACGUGUCGUAUGAGGACCAGCUCAAGAACGGCGUGGUACUGUGCAAUCUCAUCAACAAGAUCUGCCCGGGAUCGGUAAAAAAGAUACAGACCAAGGGCACGAACUUUCAGCUGAUGGAGAACAUUCAGAGGUGAGUACAUGAAUUUUUUUUUGACAAUGUUUUUGGAAGUCUAUAGGUAUAUAUUAUUGCAGUUCAGUCUAAUGUGAUUUUCGAACAGGGUGAAAUAUAGUAAAAAAUUGUAAAUUUCAAACAUAUCAUAAAAAAAAAAAAAAAAAAAAAAAACUAAACGAUAGACAGAAAAACAAUAUUUUGGUUCGAAUCGUAAACGUAGAAGGCGUGUUUCGGAUUGGACGGGCGAGUUGCCGAGCUAUACGUUAGGAUCCAGCGGUCUGCGCGUGUGACCGGGCCAAAAUUCUGUCGUAAAACUUCGGUGGACAAAUCAAAAGUAAAACGCGUAACGAUUAAUAAUAACGUAUAUUACUGGACAGAGAUGGGGUAUUUUGGGCGAUCCGACGACAGAAAUCCUACGAACGCGCUCGAGUGUGAUAUACGUAAAGUCGGAACGAAAAACCAUUUUCUCAUUAAUUUUGAACUCGAAAUUAUGUAUAAUAUACAUUUGGCACGUCAUGUUGCGAUGUUAAAAACCUUCCAAUUUUUUUUUUUUUUUUUUUUUUAAAACACGAUACUUCCGGUAAAAAUAACGCGUAGUAAUAUUGUGUAUCGUGUUGCAGGUUUCAGGCAGCAAUAAAAAAAUACGGCGUGCCGGAAGAGGAAAUUUUCCAAACAGCCGAUCUGUUCGAACGUCGGAACAUACCACAGGUGACGCUGUGCCUGUACUCACUCGCCCGGAUCGUAAGUAUUUAUUACCGUAAAUUACCAGGUAUUCCAAUAUAAAACGGUCGAAAAAGUUUUUUCUGAGAGAGGGACAAUUUUAAUCAAUAUAAAAUCGAGCUGAAAAUAUUAUACCCACGUUCGACCUCGUAUAUAAUAUGACGUUCGUCAUAUUUUUCUGACUUCCACGAUAUUAGAGACCGGUAAACGUGCAGGGAAAAAAUAAUUUUACCAAAUCAUUUAAAUAUUUACCGUUAUGGCGUUGCAUUGUCACCCGACCUGACCAUUUGUUAUUCGCAGACGCAAAAGCACCCCGAGUACACUGGACCGAGACUUGGACCCAAAAUGGCGGACGCCAACAAGAGAGAGUUCACUGAAGAACAGUUGAGAGCGUCCGAGGGCCACCUGAACCUGCAGAUGGGCUUCAACAAGGGAGCCUCGCAAUCCGGACUCGGAUCGUUCGGCAACUCGAGGCAUAUGUAAACACACGCGUCGUGUUUUAUUUAUACACCUACCAUUGUUUAAAAUAUAUCGACCGUCUCGUAGUAAGACCAACGAAAUGAAUCCCGCCAUAAUAAUUCGUCGAAUCGUUACACUUAUACAGCGCGUCGAAACAAUUUUUAAUUUUGUUUUUUAAAUCGUAAUUAUUGUACUUAGUUGAUAACGGUUUUAUGUAUUAUAAUUUUCAAUAACAGAGUUAUAGAAUCACCCGUGACCGAUAAUAGUGUCGUUUAAAUCACCGUGAUAAUACCGCAAUAUCUAUACACAAAUCUAUAUUGUCCACUACGAGCAGUUAGCACACUAUUAAGAAAAUUGUGAUUGGAUUUACCCGAUUGGUCACCGUAUUACAGAUCGCCCGGCGACAAACGCAAUAUUUCAAUUGUCUUAAACCGUACUUUGUACCGCCCCCCGCAAUACCCAUAGGUACCUAUUAUUAUUUAUACCAUACAUAAGAUAAUCUCGAGUUGUUGUUACGCCGAAAAUGUGCACAUUUAUUUAAUGAUAUUUGCGCGUUUUAUUAGUAUAAUUUAUAACUUUCAAAUCGUAUAUUAUACUAUUACAUUACUAUAUAUUAUAUUAUUUUACUAACAUUUAAUCAAUCGAUUUAAAUCGUACGUAUAUAUUUAUACAUUUGCGUAGAAUUUAAAACGAAUUAGCUUCUGCGGGACUUUUUCAUUGUGCCCGUCGCAAAUUUGGCGCGUUGGCAUAAUAUUGUUACAGGUGCCUCCUAAAUAUUAUUUUACGCGAAUCGUUUACUCAUAAAAUAUUUAUAAAUAAGGACGGAAAAACGAACUCUACCAGCGCACAUGCGCGUUUCUGUAUAAAUAGGUACAUCGUAUUAUUGUUUAAAAAAAUCGUUGCCUAAUUAAUUGUUUUAACGACAUUAGAUUAAAGAUUAUGUUCAAAUUAUUUUGUAUUAAUACGAUUGCAACGAAUUUUAUUAAAAUAUAAACGUGUACCAACAGUUUACUUUUUGUUAAUUAUGUUAUAUCUACAUAAACAAAUGGAAUAGUCUGUUUGUCUAUGCGUGACCUACAGCCCGGGAUUGAAACCGUAACCGAAAGAAUCGGCUCUCGAAGACAAUUUGAGAACCAUAACCUAUUUAUUGGAGUCAAUUCGAAGAAGGGACAUUUAAUGGAAAAUAAUGUUUGUUGUUUUCAUAGUAGAAAUUUGUCAAAUAAAAUGUUUAACAUUCACUCUUUUCUUUUUAAAAAUAUUAGAUAUUUUUAUUAUAAUAUCUAGGUAGAAUAACAAACUGUAAAGUUGGCCAGUCUUUUCUGGUAAACUCUGUAUAUUAUUAUAAUAUUACACUCACGCAGCCAUAAGCUUUUAUAGUAGGCAGAUUAAUGGUAUUUAUUUACUAAUAUUAUGUCGUAUAAUUAUUAUUGGUAUUAUUAGCGAAUAAAGUAAGGAACCUAUUAUUAAUUUAAUUGUAAUUAUUUUUUGCAUAUUUGGACAAAAAAACAUAUUAAUUUAAUAUUUUUGAGUAAUUGCAUAAAUGUUGCAUAACAUAAUUUUCAAUAUAAUAUAUAAUACAUUUCAUUAGUUUUCCUGUUUAUCCAACGUUUUUUAUCCAUUUAUUGGGUAACAACAGGUUUAUUGGGUUUAUUUUCAUAACUAAAAAAAAAAAAACCUCCUCACCUAACAUAGAUAAAAUUUCAUUAAUGGUGCUACACUUGACGGUGUAAGAUUCCUGGUAGAAAAGUUGCGCAGACAAAAACA